UAGUUUUCGCAAUUUGUGUCCACUUCUAAAAGUAGCACAUUAUCUAUCUAGUUUAUAUUAACCACACCUGCCCCCUAGUUUAAAAGAUUAUUUCAAAAUGAUCGUUAUAAUUUAAUCGUCGUUAUCAAGUUUUAUCUUAAAACAAAAAAAAUUAUCGGUGAAGUUGUAUUAUAUUAGGUGUUUUAGAAUGUAGAAGUGUUUUUUGUCGUGUUGAGCGUUGUGUUAUUGAAUUGUAAGGAAUUAUUAAUCAAAAAAAAAAUGAAUGAAUCAAAUGUGACGAUGGAACAGAAUGGAAAUGAAUCGUUGGAAGGUCCAAAAAAAGUGUUAAAACGAAAAUCGACUUAUAUUGGGACGAAAUUGCAGAAUUUCCACGAAUCUAUUGGGGAUUUGACGAAAGCUCACAGUAAACGAAUCGAACAUGGACUUAAAAUUUUCUUUUUUUCCUUUGUUACUGCACAUUUCGCGUGGGCGACCGCUUUUUAUAUACAAGAUGGACAAUACCAUUAUGAUAGCUUCGGCGAUACGAUGUGCACAGGAUACGGUUUCUCAAUGCUUCUCUACAUAUUCACCGUGAUAUUCGCAUCGUAUAAAUGGUUAUUAAAGCCAUUUAUAGUAACACCAAUAGGAAAUUACAUAGUCAAACCGAUUUUAGUACUUUUACGAAGAAUUUUUUCGAAUAAGAUUUUAAAAGCAAUAGGAUACUUAGCGAUUUUAGCCGCAGCUUUAAUUUAUCUUAUAAUAGACACGGGAAAUGAUAGCGAUCGUUCCCGAUUAAUCCCUGUAGCCGGUCUUUGCGUUUUCUUACUUUUCGGCUACGUUUUUAGUAAAUACCCCGGCCAAGUCCGAUGGACCACUAUCAUUUGGGGCAUGAUCGUUCAAUUUUGUUUCGGAUUAUUAACGAUCCGUUGGGAGGUUGGUCGCAACAUAUUCAAAUGUUUAGGCGAUAAAGUCGUCGCUUUCUUGGAAUACGCCCAAUUAGGUUCCGCAUUUGUUUACGGAGAUAAGCUCGUCUUCGAAAUGGGAGUGUUCGCGUUUAAAGCCUUAGCGACCAUUUAUUUUUUGAAUUUUAUCAUCAACAUUUUAUAUCAUUACGGUAUUAUGCAAUCCCUUAUUUUAUCGAUCGGGCGAGUUUUACAAAAAGUUUUGGGCACCUCCAUUUGUGAGUCGGUAAAUGGUGCUGCGAAUUUAUUUUUAGGCCAAAGCGAAGCACCUUUAUUACUUAAACCGUACUUAAAGGAUCUUACAACGAGUGAAUUUCACACCAUUGUUACUUCCGGUUUUGCUUCAACAUCAGGGACUGUUUUUGCUGCUUAUAUUUCAUUCGGUGCAAGACCUGAAGAUUUAAUUACAGCUACUGUUAUGGCAGCGCCUACGGCUUUGUAUUUUAGUAAGCUGUUUUAUCCCGAAACUGAAGAAAUCCAAGCCACGAAGCACACCAUUAAACUUACUCAAUCUAAUUUCCGUUCUGUGAUGGACGCAGCAAGUAAAGGAGCGUCGGAAGCAUCAUUCAUCGUCUUAAACAUAAUCGCAAAUUUAAUCGGAUUCAUCGCUUUCGUUUAUUGGAUCAACGGAAUCCUCGCUUGGAUGGGUUCUUUGGUUGGUUACGUUGGAGAAGAUGACAUUUGGUCGAUUGAAAUCGCCGCGGGUUACAUUUUAACGCCCAUCGCCUUCAUCAUGGGCGUGCCAUGGGAUGAAUGCCAAAGUGUGGGUAAAUUGCUCGGCAUCAAAAUGAUCGUAAACGAAUUCGCAGCUUUUGAACUCUUCUCUCGGAUGCGAGACGAAUUGUCGCGAAGGACUCAAGUUAUCGCAACUUUUUCCAUCGUCGGAUUCGCGAAUCCGGGUUCAAUAGGGCUAGUUAUUUCCGCAUUGAGUGCUUUGUCACCGGAAAGAAGUGAAACAGUGGUUAAAGUUGUGAUGAGGGGUUAUAUUGCAGGGACGAUUGUAUGCUUAAUGACGGCUUCUAUGGCUGGGUUGUUGAUUACCGAGGAUAUGUUGAAGUAAAUUACUUAAAUAAAUUAUGUUAAAAAAAA